AUAUCAGGGACACUGUGAAGUACAAAGAAGUCAUGAAACAAUAUGGGCUGGGCCCAAAUGGUGGAAUAGUGACCUCUCUCAAUCUCUUUGCUACAAGAUUUGAUCAGGUGAUGAAGUUUAUUGAAAAAAGACAAAAUGCAUCCAAGUAUGUUAUUAUUGACACACCAGGGCAAAUUGAGGUAUUCACCUGGUCAGCAUCAGGAACCAUCAUAACUGAGGCCUUGGCUUCCUCUUUUCCUUCAGUUGUUGUUUAUGUGAUGGACACCUCUCGCAGUACUAACCCUAUCACCUUUAUGUCCAACAUGCUGUAUGCCUGCAGUAUCCUGUACAAGACAAAGCUACCUUUCAUUGUUGUCAUGAACAAAACUGACAUAAUUGACCACAGUUUUGCAGUAGAAUGGAUGCAGGACUUUGAGACUUUUCAGGAUGCCCUGAGUCAGGAGACAUCCUAUGUCAGUAACCUGACUCGUUCUAUGAGUUUAGUGUUGGAUGAAUUUUACAGUUCACUGAAGGUGGUUGGCGUGUCUGCUGUGCUCGGCACAGGACUGGAUGAUUUUUUUGUUCAGCUUUCUAAAGCUGUAGAUGAAUAUGAGAGAGAAUAUCGUCCAGAAUACGAGCGCCUGAGAAAAACACUGGAGAAAGCUCAAAACAAACAAAAGAGAGAGCAGCUGGAACACUUGUGGAAGGACAUGGGCAGUGUGUGUGUGCAGGGCAACACACUUGCAGGGUCUGAUGAUGCUUCUGCAAUGGGUCCCUCUGAGCUGAUCCUAACACGAGGAACUCCUGAUGAAGAAGAAGAGAGGGAGAGUGAUACUGAUGAUAUUGACCAUGAAGUUACUGAGGAGCGUCAUGAAGAACCAGCCUUCAGAAACUUUAUGCAAGAGACACGGAUGAAAUACCAGAGAAGAAGCAACCCAAAUGAAUGAGACCUUCAGAAAUAGAGGGUUUGGAAUUCCUUGUGAUGGAAUUAAAAGUAAAGCAACAGCAUAAAGAAACUUGC